AAACGGAUGGUCACAUGAGCACAGAUCUGUUUACAAACCCAAGGCAGAGCAGAGCGGAGCGGAGCGGAGCAGGAGACGUCGGAAGGCAGACUGCAGGCUUACUCUUAAAAGCGUUAUGGACUGAAAGAGGAAGAGGAGAACCGUGUCAUGACAAAGCCAGAUGGAGGUGCGAGAGACUGACUGAGACAGAUACGCUCUUCGCUGACACACAUCGCCUUUGUCCAUUUUUGUCUUCUUCUGAAGGAGCAGAUGGUUGGAGGAAGAGGAUCCCCAUCUCCAUACAAACACACAAAACCACACAUGCACUGAGUGAGGGAAAAAAAACACUCAGCAGCAAUAAGGGCAAUGCCAGCUUCAGGACUGCUCUGCUGUGGAGCUCUCCUCACUUUGUUUGGCCUUUGAGGGGUGCACAUCUUGUGGAAUAGCCUCUGCAACAUCAGUGGAGUGGAGGAGGAGACGGCAGAGGACAUGAGAGGGGGGAGAAUGAAAGCCGCCAAAAUCCUCUGUUAAAAAAGCAGCUUUGGAGGGGCAAGACAAAGCAGACUAAAGCCAGAUUAUUACCUUCAUUGAUCGACGACUGUCAUUGUGAUCGGCGGAUGACAUUGGAGACGAUCCUGCAGCCAAGAAAAACACAAGUCAGAGAGGGUCUUUGUCUGCUUUGAGUGUAAACACUGACUGCGCUGUUGAUGAUGUUAUGACUGCGCAUGAUUCACAUUUUGACGGCAACUUGCGAAAUAGCCCACGGUAUGAGGCAAGUGACAGUCCAAACUACACAACAAGAUUUCUUUGUUUUCUCUGAUGACAUCAUUCAUACUGGCAUCCAGGAGCACGUGAGGAUUUUAGACGCGGUCCAAACUCUUGUCCCAAAUAUUCCAAUCUUAACACCAAGUGCUUAAUCCAGAUUUGGGAAUGCACAGACUGCUGAGCCAACAAAACCACACCUCUCAAGGAUUUAUGGAAAUCUGAGCAAAUCUGAAAAACUUAAGGCUUGUAUUUGGAGGAGCUCGGCACACAGUGACUGAUCCCAGGCUCCAACCACGAGUCCAAGAGUUUGGCCUCCAUUCAAGAUCAGCCUUCUUCUUCUUAAAGGGUCUGAAUUUAUUGCUGCUGGCCCAGGAAUCAAAUUUCAUGCAACCAUUCCAAUGGUGUAACGGAUGCCUGUGCGGUUUGAAUUCUCUUAGCUCUGAACACGACUGCAGCAUGACAUCUGACAUGUAUCACCUGCCACUCAAUGUGUAUGUCAUUGUGCUGGGCAUCGGCCUCUUCGUCUUUAUGCUCAGUCUCAUCUUCUGCUGCUACCUUUUCCGGUUGAAACAACAAGGGACGAGGGAUCAGUUCAGCUACAACGAGGUGGUGCUGAAGGGAGCAAGCAAGAAACUCAGCCUGCUUGGACAAACCUGCGCCGUGUGUCUGGAAGAAUUCAGGACCAGAGAUGAACUGGGAGUGUGCCCGUGCUCACAUGCAUUUCACAAGAAGUGCCUGCUCAAGUGGCUGGAGAUCCGCAGCGUGUGCCCAAUGUGCAACAAACCCAUCUUGCGGCUCCACACAGAUGCACCACAGGGUGCUGAAGGACCUAUGGAGCCAGAGGAGGUGUGAGCUUGGAACAGAUGAAACCAGACUUCUCUUAGAAAAGAAAACCCAAAAACAUCCAUUUAAAAUACGACGAGAGAUGAUCAUCUCGCAGGCAAUGACGUUUAUCAUCCCAAGUGGCUGUGUUGCCGCUGACCUUUGAGCAAUAUUCUUAGGUGGGAAUUGGAUGUUGACGGAAGCAAACUUGAUUUGGUAGGGUCAGGAGAUAAGGAGAGGAUGUAUAAAUAAGACAUUUUCAUUACAUUGGUCCUCGCUUGGCUUCCAUAUUGCACUGCUCAGCAACAGCCCGACUGGAGAGGAGGCACCAGAACUGCAGCACUGCUGGGCUGGACACAACAUAGCUACAGAAGCAGUACUGAGCAGGAGCAGUACUGAUACCUCUACCAUCUCAGGGGUGUUACCAAUCCAGCCAGCACAAACCACGUCAGUCACACAGUAACCCACAUGCAUCUUACAAUCAAUACUGCCACUGUGUACGGUAGGAGAAAUAAUCAAGCAGUCAAGCGGUAGCCACGCCCACAGGAUGACAUCACAACUUCUGGAUGACAUCACGACCAGCAUAAAGGAUUUAAGUAGGCAGUUUUUUUUUUUUCGGAUUGUGUACCAGGAACUUUCCUUUUAAAAGAGGGUAGACAACUAGCGUGUAUGUAUUGUAUGUAAAUGUGUCCCAAUAUAUAUUGUUAUUUUGUAUUUGUUGCUUUUAAAUAAAAUGUCAUGUAAUGUA